UGACCUAUCCACCAUUAAAUGCUAUUGCACCCUCUCAAUAAUCUCUGCAUUUACUCCUCUCCCUCUCAUCUUCUUCUUCACUUCUCUCUUUCUUCUUCAUCUUCAACCUUUUUUUCUGGUUUUUUCUUGGUUUCUUCUCGGUUUCUUCUUGGUUUCAUCUUGGUUUCUUACCAUACAAAUUCUGGCCAAAGCUGCCUUGAACUCCGUUUUUCUCUAUAUGUUUAUCAUGUUCUUGAAGCAGAUAGAUUAUAUAGAUAGAGGUAAAUGGAGAAAAGAGAGACAGUGAAGGCAAAGUUGGAUUCUUGGCGAUCUUAGCUGGGGCGUUACAACUAUAUAAUAUAUAUACAUAUUUUAUAUACAAAACAUUUGUUUUUUAGUAUUUGCAUUUGGGGUUUUUAACCAGAUUUUUCUCUGUCAAAGGUGGUAUAAAAAUUUGUCAACUCUUAGUAUUAUUUUUCUCUUUCUCUUCCAUUGGUACGUAAGAACAAACAUAGAGAGAGAGACCCAUUUUUACAGCAAAACCAAAGUCAGCCCUUGCCAGAGAAUCUAACUAUCCAAACCCUACUCACUCUCUCUGUCUAUAUAAAGAUAAACAGAAACAAACUCCAAACCCCACUAGGCUGUGUCUAAACAGCUACAAAUUAGGGUUUGAGACCGCGAAAUAUGCCUGCCGGAGUAAUGAUUCCGGCGAGAAACAUGCCUUCUAUGAUGGGAAGUAAUGGAAGUGUUGGCGGUGGGUUUGGAUCAUCUUCAGGGCUUACUCUCGGUCAGAUAAUGUUCCAGCCAAACAUGAUGGAGGCUGCAGCCGGUCUUCACCAUCUCGACAUGACUCAAAACACGUCGGAAAGCGAUUUGGUUCGACUCCGAGAUGAAGAGUUCGAAAGUACCAACACGAAAUCCGGCAGCGAAAACCAUGAAGGUGGCUCCGGUGAUGAACAAGAUCCACGGCCCAACAAAAAGAAGCGUUACCAUCGCCAUACUCAGCAUCAGAUCCAAGAAAUGGAAGCUUUCUUCAAAGAGUGUCCACACCCGGAUGAUAAGCAAAGGAAAGAGUUAAGCCGUGAAUUAGGUUUAGAGCCAUUGCAAGUCAAAUUUUGGUUCCAAAACAAACGCACACAAAUGAAGACUCAACAUGAGAGACAUGAAAACACACAGCUUCGGACUGAGAAUGAAAAGCUUAGGGCUGACAAUAUGAGGUAUAGAGAAGCUCUUAGUAAUGCUUCAUGUCCUAACUGUGGAGGCCCGACUGCUAUUGGUGAAAUGUCGUUUGAUGAACAUCAUUUGAGGCUUGAAAAUGCCAGAUUAAGAGAAGAGAUUGAUCGAAUUUCAGCGAUUGCUGCAAAGUAUGUAGGCAAGCCAGUGGUGAACUAUCCUCUCCUAUCAGCUCCAAUGGCUCCACGUCCUCUCGAGCUUGGUGUUGGAAAUUUUGGAGUGCAGGGAGGGAUCGGAGGGGAGAUGUACGGAGCCGGAGACUUACUAAGGUCGAUAAGCGGACCUAGUGAGGCUGAUAAACCGUUGAUAAUCGAGCUAGCAGUAGCAGCAAUGGAGGAACUCAUUAGAAUGGCUCAGAUGGGUGAACCAUUAUGGAUGAGCAGUCUUGAGGGGACAAAUUUUGUACUAAAUGAAGAUGAAUAUAUCAGGAUAUUUCCUCGUGGAAUCGGACCGAAGCCUGCAGGUUUUAAGUGCGAGGCUUCGAGAGAAACGGCUGUUGUUAUUAUGAAUCACAUCAAUCUUGUGGAGUAUCUCAUGGAUGUGAACCAAUGGUCGACUGUAUUUUCUGGCAUAAUCUCAAGAGCCAUGACAUUGGAAGUACUAUCAACAGGAGUAGCAGGGAACUAUAAUGGAGCCUUGCAAGUGAUGACGGCUGAAUUUCAACUACCGACGCCAUUGGUUCCGACAAGAGAGAGUUACUACGUAAGGUACUGCAAACAACAUGCAGAAGGAACAUGGGCAGUUGUCGAUGUUUCAUUGGACAAUUUACGGCCUAGUCCGGCUGCAAGAUGCCGUAGAAGGCCAUCUGGUUGCUUAAUACAAGAAAUGCCUAAUGGAUACUCUAAGGUUACAUGGGUGGAAAAUGUGGAAGUUGAUGAUAGAGGUGUUCAUAAUCUUUACAAGCAGCUUGUCAGCUCCGGCCAUGCUUUUGGUGCAAAACGCUGGGUCGCCACCUUAGAUCGCCAAUGUGAACGCCUUGCAAGUGCCAUGGCAUCAAACAUUCCCACCGGAGAAGUUGGUGUGAUAACAAAUCAAGAAGGUAGAAAGAGUAUGUUGAAGCUGGCAGAGAGGAUGGUGAUAAGCUUUUGUGCUGGUGUGAGUGCCUCAACUGCACAUACAUGGACUACACUCUCCGGAACUGGAGCUGAUGAUGUCCGAGUUAUGACCAGAAAGAGCGUCGAUGAUCCUGGCAGACCACCGGGCAUUGUACUUAGUGCUGCUACUUCUUUCUGGCUUCCCGUUCCUCCUAAAAGGGUUUUCGAUUUUCUUCGUGAUGAAAACUCCCGAAAUGAGUGGGAUAUUCUAUCAAAUGGUGGAGUUGUUCAAGAAAUGGCUCACAUUGCUAAUGGCAGGGACACAGGAAACUGUGUCUCUCUUCUUCGAGUAAAUAGUGCGAAUUCAAGCCAGAGCAACAUGCUGAUAUUACAAGAGAGUUGCACUGAUCCAACGGCCUCUUUUGUGAUCUACGCACCCGUUGACAUCGUAGCGAUGAACGUAGUACUUAAUGGCGGCGAUCCUGAUUACGUAGCGCUUCUUCCUUCAGGAUUCGCUAUUCUUCCUGAUGGAACCAAUGCACAUGCUGAUGAAACUGUGUCACCCGGCGGAUCUCUUCUGACUGUUGCAUUUCAGAUCCUGGUUGACUCAGUUCCUACAGCCAAACUCUCUCUUGGCUCAGUUGCUACCGUCAACAAUUUGAUUGCUUGUACUGUUGAGAGGAUUAAAGCUGCAUUAUCGUGCGAGAAUGCUUGAGCUGCUCCUGAUCUUAACUAUAGUUAUAUUAACUGAAGAAGGAAAAGAAAAGAAGAGAUGCAUUUGGAGAUUUUGGCAAAAUAGAGAGAAGAUGGUAAGAGAGGAGUCAAGAGCGCACCUCGGAUGAUCAUUUUGCACUCAUUUCAUUAAUGGUUUUUGCUUAUAUUCUAAGCUUUUUUCAUGAUGAUUGAGUGUUGAGAUGUAUUAGAGGUUCGGGUAUUGACUUCUUCAAACACAAAUUGUAUUAUCUAUCCCCCUUUUCUCCUACUUUUUAACACUCUAGUUAGAAAUGUAGAGCUAGGGUUUGUUUUUGUUUUUGUUUUUGUUUUGUGCAUGCAUCUGUUCUGAUUUUAACUACUAUUAAUUCAAUUUAUGUCCUUUGUUUUUUCCUUCUUCA